AACCAAAUUGGACUCAAGCGAGAGAGUGAGAGGAAAUGGAAGUCAAAGCAAGAGCCCCUGGAAAAAUCAUACUUGCCGGAGAGCAUGCGGUGGUUCACGGAUCCACUGCGGUGGCCGCCUCCAUUGAUCUCUACACCUACUUCACUUUCAGCUCUGCUUCUCCUUCUGACAGCAAUGAUACUCUGAAGCUACAAUUUAAAGACGAUGCAUUGGAAUUUUCAUGGCAUAUUGAAAGAAUCAAAGAAGCACUGCCUGAUUUAGGUUUUCCUUUCUCUUCAACACCCACAACUUGCUCAGCAGAAUCCAUAAAAGCAGUUGCAACUUUAGUUGAAGAAAAGAAUAUUCCGGAGGCAAAAAAAUUUCUCGCUUCUGGUGUGUCAGCUUUUCUCUGGUUAUACGCUUGUAUCCAGGGGUUUAAACCUGCUACGGUGGCUGUUACUUCUGAGCUUCCACUGGGUUCUGGCCUGGGUUCUUCUGCCUCAUUUUGUGUUGCACUUGCAGCAGCUCUUCUUGGUUUCUCUGGUUCUGUGCCUCUGGACACUAGCCACCAAGGAUGGUUGUCAUAUGAAGAGAGUGACCUUGAAUUGCUGAACAAGUGGGCUUUUGAGGGUGAAAAGUUAAUUCAUGGAAAGCCAUCUGGAAUUGAUAACACAGUCAGUGCAUACGGAAACAUGAUAAAGUUCAGAUCGGGUAGUUUAACGCGCAUUAAAUCCAGUUUCCCGCUAAGAAUGCUCAUCACCAACACCAAAGUCGGGAGAAACACUAAAGCAUUAGUCGCCGGUGUAUCGGAGAGGAUGUUACGGCAUCACGAUGCCAUGAACUUUAUCUUCAAGGCUGUUAAUUCCAUUAGUGAGGAACUAGCUACUAUACUGCAGUCACCAGUUCACGAUGAUCACGUUUCAGUGACACAGACAGAAGAAAAGCUGGAAGAGUUGAUGGAAAUGAAUCAAGGUUUACUUCAAUCUAUGGGGGUCAGCCAUGCUUCUAUUGAAACUGUUCUUCAGACAACGCUCAAAUACAAGCUGUCAUCUAAGUUGACAGGAGCAGGAGGUGGAGGAUGUGUGCUGACGCUGUUGCCAAGCUUACUAUCAACAACAGUUCUUGAUAAAGUGAUCGCGGAGCUUGAGUCAUGCGGGUUUCAAUGUUUUACAGCUGCUAUUGGGGGCAAAGGUGCUGAGGUCUGCUUCAAUGAUAAGCCCUAGGCUCCUAACCACUCUAAGGUUCCGUUCCGUUUGGUUUAUGUAUUGCGAUGAUAAUGAGAAUAAGUAAUCAGAAUGUAGUGAAUAAGAUUACAAAAUAAUCCUAUUAAUUCAAUGAUAAGCCCUAGUCUCCAAACUAUUCUAAGUUGGCAA